AACAACAAUAAGCGUAUGCUGAUGUAUGCCUUGGGUUCUAGGUCUCACGCUGUUGCAUGUGUCAAUCAGUUCAUCAUCAGUCGGACCCAGGCACUCAUGCUGCACAUCGAUUCCUUCAUUGAGAACCUCUUUGCACUGGCUGGCGACGAGGAAGCAGAGGUGAGGAAGAACGUGUGCCGGGCGCUUGUGAUGCUGCUUGAAGUCCGGAUGGACCGCCUGCUUCCUCAUAUGCACAACAUAGUCGAGUACAUGCUGCAGAGAACCCAAGACCAAGAUGAGAACGUAGCUCUGGAGGCCUGUGAAUUCUGGCUGACUUUGGCUGAACAGCCAAUAUGCAAAGAUGUACUUGUAAGGCAUCUACCAAAGUUGAUUCCUGUGUUAGUGAAUGGCAUGAAGUACUCAGAUAUAGAUAUUAUCCUGCUUAAGGGUGAUGUUGAGGAAGAUGAGACCAUCCCGGACAGUGAGCAGGAUAUACGGCCACGGUUUCAUCGCUCCAGGACAGUGGCUCAGCAGCACGAGGAGGACGGGAUUGAGGAGGAAGAAGAUGACGAGGAUGAAAUUGAUGAUGAUGACACGAUUUCUGACUGGAACCUGAGUAAGUGAGGCUUCACUGCUUGGCUGCGCCUGACCAGCUCUU